AUGAACCAGCUCGUGACCCGUUCCUAUAAAUUCUGGAACUAUGUGCCCUCAAUGCCCGCAGCGGUCAUUUUCAUGCUUAUAUUCAUGAUCCUGACGGGGAUUCAUACAUGGAAGCUUUUCAGAACGCGGUCAUGGUUUUGUAUAGCAUUUACCUUAGGAGGACUCUUCGAAAUCAUUGGCUACAUGGGCCGUUGCAUUGCACACAACAAUACAACGACCAUGGGACCAUACAUCCUCUCGAACAUCUUCAUCCUCCUCGGACCAACCCUCUUCGCCGCAACAAUCUACAUGACUCUUGGUCGUAUCAUCCGCCGAGUCCAAGGCGAACAUCUUUCGGUAAUCCGCGUAUCUCGUCUCACUAAAACAUUCGUCUGGGGAGACGUGCUAUCCUUCGUCGUUCAAGGCAAUUCCUCGCCGUUGUCUGUACUGGGAUAUCCCCAGUGGGGCAAGGUGCUUGUGGUUGUCGGCUUGGCGAUUCAAUUGAUCUCAUUCUCUCUUUUCUGGGUGACGGCCAUUGUCUUUGCUAGACGGCUUCGUCGAUCACCUACAUCUGAGUGUCUCAAGCCUGGGGUUCCUUGGCGAAGUUCGUUGUAUAUGCUGUAUGCUGUCAGUGCUUUGGUUUUGAUUCGAUCUGUCUUUCGUAUCAUUGAAUAUGUCAUGGGCAAUGAUGGGUAUCCUCUUCUUCAUGAGUGGACGCUUUAUAUCUUUGACAGUGUGCCCAUGGCGGCUGUUAUGGUUAUCUUUUUCAUUUGGUAUCCUGAUCAGUUGAGUCUGGAUAUGAAUCCUGACAGAGGUAUACCGCUUGCACACAGCUAUACCACGGUUUGA